CUACCGUCAUUGUCUUGGUUUUUUUUCCUGUUUCAAUUCAUAGAUUUAAUUUAUGGGCAUCUUUCUCUAAUUGUUUCAUAUCAAAGAUCGUUCACUGCUACCCAAAGAUCUUAGCUUUCGAAGAUUAUUACUGUGUUUGGCUUGGAUUUUGGGACUAUUUACUCUACACGGAGAUUUUUGUUUUUUUUGCUGAGUACUCUACAUGGAGUUUAAUUUCAGCAAAAUUUCAGAUAGCAGCGAGAAAAAAAAAUUCGGCUAUAAGAAAGAAAUAAUCGCUUUUGGAUAGCAAAGAGUUGCAUAUAAAGCUUAAGUAUGUCUCGUCAUUAGCCGGAAAAUCUGCAAGCAUGGUUAGUAACUCAAGCAAGACCCAUUUCACGGCUGAUAUGAGCGCCCAUGAGGUGGCGCGUGAACUGGAUGUGGACUUAGAGUCCGGUGAUGCCACCGUGGUCGGGGAACCUCAGCUCGUUUCUUCUGACUCAAUCAAAGAGAUCGUCAAAUGUCUAUAUGAAAUGCACCUGGAAAUAGCCAAUUUCAACCUCAAGUGUAAGGAAGAUAUAUGGAACAAUCAGGAAUUUUUCUCGUUCCUGAAGGAUUACUUCCAAAAUAGUCUCUGGGCAUUGGACUUCUGCACUGCCCUUGAGGACUGCCUGAAGCACACACGUGAUAACCAGUUGAUAGUUCAGUUUGCAGUCAAGAAUUUUGAGGAAGAAGUGGUUGAUGGGGUGAAGUAUGUGAAGACAUUGCAAGAGUUGAGUAAAUUCAAGGAUGCGGAGGACCCAUUUGCUGACGAGUUUUCUCGACCUUUUCCAUCAGUUUAUGAGCAGCAUGAAUCGGUGUUGGACAAAUUGCAGCUUCGGAAAACAAAGCUAGACAAGAAAUUGGAACAUGUGAGGACAUGUAGGAUAGUGUUCAAUGUCAUUUUUGUUGUUGUAUUUGUGUCUGUGUUAGCUCUCAUGGUGGUGGCAGCUGCCAUUAAAGCUCCGGCUUGGGCAACGGCAUUGACGGGUGCAUUGUCUGUUCCAAUGGGCUAUCUGGGAAAAUGGUGCAACUCAGUUUUUAAGAGCCGUCAGAGUGCACUGGAAGGAAAAAGGGGAGUAAUCAGCUCAAUGCGAGAUGGCACUCUUACUACAAAGAAGGACUUGGGUAACAUUGAGGCACUUAUUCGUAAACUGCGAAUUGAGACUGAUUCAAUGCUAGAGAAAGCUGAUAUCGCUCUUGGUGAAGAGGAGGCAGUGACGCUUGUGAUAGAUGAGAUCCAGAAGAAGCUAGAAAUGUUUAUGAAUACUGCUCAGAAUCUAAGGGCUAAUGUUGAUAGGUGUAGCGGCAAUAGUGUGAGUUGGAGGAAGUUGGUUUUGCAGUCAAUGUUCAGGCGUGCGCGUGACUGAGAAAUCCUUUGGCAUGUGGUCUGAGAUAACAACUUGUCAUGCUGGUGUUUGUCAGUGUGAGUUUCAUAAAAAAAUGUUCAUUUGCCCCCUUGGAUGAUCAUGUUUUGUAGAUCAUUCUUAGUUUUAUGCUUCAGAGUUUCUAAAAGAAAUCUACAAAACAAGAUUGAUUAUUCAGCUCUGAAGUUGACUGUUACUCGGUCAGUUUGAAGGGGUGGUACACUGAAAUGUCAGUAUUAUAAUUAGAAAGAAAACCUAUAGAUAAUGACACCUAUAAAUUAGAGUGACAAUCUUUGACAUUUGAAGGGAAACUACAAAGUUUACAUUGCAGUAAGAGUAAUGCGCGCGUUUGGGAAUUUUCUGAACAAGGUAAAGCACAAGCAAUCAGACUUGACUGCCAUGAUAGUUUUCCUAGUUGCCCUGCGAUGAUUUCUUCUAUUCUUUUCCCUGCAAUUUCUUUUGGGCUACAGCUAUGAGUCCAUCUCCCAGAGGCAGCUUAGGUGCUUAACAACGUCAUGUAAUUUCCUCUACUUUCAGCAUCCAUUUGUGUUAGAUGAUGAGAUUUCACCAUCCGCUCUGCUACUUUGCAUCUUUCUAAACUUGAUUGGUACCAAAUAAAGGAUCUCCACGUAUUGCAUCUA